AUGGCAGCUUCUUCUACUAUUCGGUUGUUUUUGGUGUUGGCAGCUUUGUUACUGGUUGCUGUGCACCAGGUCUGUGCACAGGAUUGCCAAGAAGAUAUUAAAGGUUUAAUAAAGGAAUGCACGAUAUAUGUUAUGAAGAUUGGACCAAAAAUUCCGCCAUCUAAAGGAUGCUGUGACGUUGUGAAGAAUGCCAACUUAGAAUGUGUGUGCCAGCACGUGACUCGCAAGGUGGAGCAGUUGAUUAGCAUUGACAAGGCCGUCUAUGUUGCUGAUUCCUGUGGCAGACCUCUUCCCCAUGGCCAGAAAUGUGGAGGUGAUUAA